UCAGCACAGAUGUUGGUUGGAUAGGCGGAGGCCAAGGUGCCUGCGUGAGCGAGGGGGCGUGGUGCGGAUGUUUGGAGGCGGAGUUUUUGCUUCAGUGUCGUUCUGUGUUUGAUGGCAGGAGGAGCUCGGGGAGAGAGGAAAAAGACGGUAUAAGGCAGAGAAUUGAAGAGGAAACAAGAAAGAAAAGGGGAUUACGUGCCAGUGAUAAUUGAAGAAGAAUGAAAAAGCAAAGGAGAUACACCCGCUGAAUCUUUUAAACAGAAGCGCCGCAUAAGCAAAGAAAGCCUGUUGCAGCCCUGAAAAGGAAAGAUAACAGAGACGGAAAGAGAGAGGGGCAGAGUCACUUGCGGAUAAAGCCAACCUGAAGAUAAUUGAAAAUAAACCAGAUGCAAGCUAAUUAGAGAAGGAAAAGAAGAAUGCAGACACGCACGGCUUUUUAUUAAUUUGUUUUUUGGACGAAGGAAUUGACACGUUUUACAGCAAGAAACUAGAUAGUAAUAAUUAAAUAAAAUAAAUAAACAAGAAAAAACAAUCUGAUGCUUUGACAAGCAACCCCCCUUCCCCCUCCCUUCCAUCCCUUCCUUUCACCUCCACUCCCCCAGCCUUUUUAUUUUUAUGCAAAUGAAUAUUGGGCUUUCCAUUGUGCCCAGUGUUGUCAGACAGUGCCUAAGACCAAAAAAUAACUUCAGAAGUCGCACCCCUCCCACCCCCUCCUUCCUAACUCCAAAACGCAGUGUUUCCCUAAUUUAGGGGCCUUAUGUGUGGGAGAAAGAGCCAAAGAAAUGUUUCCAGCAUUUCCAGAUGGACAGUGUCUUGCUUAAACUACACUCCAACGCGCUAGGAUUGAAGCCUUUUGUCUCGGGAAAUUUUGAGGAGUUGGUGUUUUUAUUUUCUCCAGAUGUGCUGUCUAUUCUUUUGAACGGAAUCAUACACCCUUUUUACAUGAGGUCCAGUGGAAGCAAUGGGAUUGUCCAACGUUGCCAGAUGAGAGUGAAGUCCCUGGAAGUGGGAUCUAAGAUCACUUAAAGCAUUCAGUUCUUUAAAUACUUAGUUUUCUUCAGCUUGAAAUGAAUUUUGUUUCUCAUCUAAAAGAAGGGCUAUACUGCCCAGUAACUGACCAUGCUUUAGUAAACAGCUACCAAUUGUGAAGCUUCUGUUUUCACAUCAUUGUCCAUCAAAGGCAAAAAAGUGAGAUCUUCUUUGACUUUUGCUGUUUUAUUUAUUUAUUUAUUUUGCAGUUUUAUUUGUAAGAUGAACAGGUCUCUAUGAGGCAGCACUGGAACUGCAGGGCUAACUAUGGCACAAACCAGUUUGUUGCAAGGGAAGAGGUUUUACUGCAGGGAGUGGGUUUUCCACAAGCUCCAGCACUGCCUCCAGGAAAAGACAAAUGCCAUCACUGGAGUGAAUUGUACACCUACUAAACAGGCUAGUACUAGCGCUCCUUCCAGUAAUGGUAGUCCAGCACUAAGUAGAGGGGCAAGCUGGGGAGUGCUGCUUGUUGGAGGUCCUGGCAGCGGAAAGACAGCAUUGUGUACGGAGCUGCUGUGGCCGAGUUCUCCUCAGGGAUUACAAAGGGGCUUGCAUCGCCAGGUUCUAGCUUUUCACUUCUGCCGUGCAGAUGAUUCAGACACGCUGUGUGUUAGCGGGUUCAUUCGGGGUCUUGUGGCUCAGAUCUGCAGGAGUGGGAUGCUCAAGGGCUUUGAAGAGAAAGUGAGAGACUCAGCUGUUCAAAGUGCUCUACAUCCUGGAGAGUGUGAGAGGAACCCUGCCGAGGCUUUCAAAAGGUGUAUUCUUCUUCCUCUGCUGGGUUUAAAACCUCCACCACAAUCCCUCUACAUUUUGGUAGAUUCAAUGGAUGAGGGACGUUACUUUGGUGAGGCAGAACAAAGGACAAGUAGCUCUUCUCGAUCUAUAGCAGAGCUUUUAGCGAGCCAUCAUGAAUUUUUUCCUCCCUGGCUAUUACUUAUAUGCUCUGCACGGAAGCAGAAUAAAGCUGUCACCAAAUUAUUUACAGGUUUUCGGAAAAUUAGCCUUGAUGACCUCCGCAAAGCUUACAUAGUCAAGGAUGUGCAACAAUAUAUUCUUCAUCGCCUAGACCAAGAAGAAGCACUGAGACAACACUUGACUAAGGAAACAGCUGAGAUGUUGAAUCAGCUUCACAUUAAAAGCAGUGGUUGCUUCCUGUAUUUGGAGAAAGUCCUAGAUGGGGUAGUAGAAAAUUUCAUCAUGCUUCGAGAAAUCCGAGACAUCCCUGGCACUUUAAAUGGGCUCUACCUUUGGCUCUGUCAAAGGCUUUUUGUGAGAAAACAGUUUACUAAAGUCCAGCCAAUUUUGAAUGUAAUUUUGGCGGCAUGUCGGCCUCUGACAGUUAUGGAACUCUAUCAUGCAGUUUGGACUAAAAACGUGUCUCUAACAAUGGAGGAAUUUCAUAGGAAGCUGGACAUUUUAUCAAAGCUUCUAGUUGAUGGUCUUGGCAACACUAAAAUUUUGUUUCAUUACAGCUUUGCAGAGUGGCUGUUGGAUGUGAAGCAUUGUACUCAGAAAUAUUUAUGCAAUGCUGCAGAAGGACACCGGAUGAUGGCCAUGUGUUAUACAUGUAGAGCCAAGGAUCUUGCCCCACUUGAGGUACAGGAGUUUGCAUUACACCUGAUUAAUUCCAGUUUACAAAUAGAAACUUACAAUCUAGCACUGUGGAUGGUUUGGAAUGGCACCCCAGUCAAGGAUUCACUUACAACCUCUAUUCCCAAAGAGCAAGAGGUGUUACAGCUGUUAGUGAAAGCAGGAGCACAUGUUAAUAGUGAAGAUGACCGUGCAUCAUGCAUUGUGCAGCAGGCGUUAGAACGGGAGGAGUCCAUUAGAACAUUACUGGAUAACGGAGCAUCAGUUAACCAAAGUGACUCAAGUGGCCGAACUCUGCUAGCCAAUGCUGCAUACAGUGGUAAUUUGGAUGUGGUUAACUUACUGAUUUCUCGAAGAGCUGAUCUGGAAAUUGAAGACAGUCAUGGUCAGACUGCACUUACUCUUGCAGCAAGGCAGGGACAUACAAAGGUUGUUAAUUGCCUUAUUGGAUGCGGGGCAAACAUUAAUCACACUGAUCAAGAUGGCUGGACAGCUCUGAGGUCUGCUGCCUGGGGAGGACAUUCUGAGGUUGUUUCUGCACUUUUAUAUGCUGGUGCCAAAGUUGACUGUGCAGAUGCUGACUGCAGAACGGCCCUACGAGCAGCGGCAUGGGGUGGGCAUGAAGAUAUUGUAUUAAACUUGCUCCAGCAUGGAGCGGAAGUUAAUAAAGCCGAUAAUGAAGGAAGAACUGCUCUUAUUGCUGCAGCAUAUAUGGGACACAGGGAAAUAGUGGAACACCUGCUUGACCAUGGAGCUGAAGUGAAUCAUGAAGAUGUAGAUGGAAGGACUGCUUUAUCUGUUGCAGCACUUUGUGUGCCUGCCAGUAAAGGACAUGCUUCUGUUGUAAGCCUUCUUAUCGAUAGAGGAGCAGAGGUGGAUCACUGUGACAAAGAUGGCAUGACUCCUUUACUGGUUGCAGCCUAUGAAGGACAUGUUGAUGUAGUUGAUUUGUUACUAGAAGGUGGAGCAGAUGUUGAUCACACAGACAAUAAUGGACGUACCCCACUUUUAGCAGCUGCAUCUAUGGGACAUGCAUCAGUUGUGAACACACUUUUGUUUUGGGGAGCUGCUGUUGAUAGUAUUGACAGCGAAGGACGGACAGUACUGAGUAUUGCGUCAGCACAAGGCAACGUAGAAGUGGUACGAACUCUGCUGGACAGAGGUUUAGAUGAAAACCAUAGAGAUGAUGCUGGCUGGACACCACUGCAUAUGGCCUCCUUUGAAGGGCACAGGUUAGUGUGUGAUGCACUUAUUGAGCAAGGUGCCAGAUGUAGUGAAGUGGAUAAUGAUGGUCGAAUUCCACUGAUACUGGCUUCCCAAGAAGGCCAUUAUGACUGUGUGCAAAUUCUUCUUGAAAAUAAAUCAAGUGUUGAUCAAAGAGGCUAUGAUGGAAGAAAUUCACUUAGAGUUGCAGCCUUAGAAGGUCACCGAGAAAUUGUGGAGCUACUUCUUAGCCAUGAAGCAGAUAUAGAUUGUAAGGAUGCAGAUGGCCGCCCAACUCUGUACAUCUUGGCACUUGAAAACCAAUUGGCUAUGGCUGAAUAUUUUUUAGAAAAUGGGUCAAAUGUGGAAGGCAGUGACACCGAAGGAAGAACAGCUCUACAUGUUUCCUGCUGGCAGGGACAUUUAGAAAUGGUGCAGCUGUUGAUAAAUUUUCAUGCAGAUGUCAACUCCUGUGACAAUGAAAAGCGUUCUGCUUUACAGUCUGCAGCCUGGCAGGGUCACAUCAAGGUAGUACAGCUCCUUAUUGACAAUGGAAGCCAUGUCGAUCACGCAUGUAAUCAGGGAGCAACUGCUCUGUGCAUUGCAGCCCAGGAGGGACAUUUUGAUGUAGUUCAGAUAUUAUUAGAACAUGGGGCUGAGCCAAAUCAUGCAGAUCAGUUUGGACGCACAGCCAUGAGGGUAGCUGCAAAAGGCGGACACACGGCUAUUAUUAAACUUCUUGAAAAAUAUGGAGCAUCCACUUUGAAUGGCUGUAGCCCUUCACCCGUUCACACAAUGGAUCAAAAAGGCCCCGUUACUCCUAAUGCAAAAAUGCAGUCUUUGACUAUAAAAUCCAAUAGCUCAGGUAGUACUGGUGUGGGUGAACUGCAAAAUGCAGGUCGUGGAUUGUCAAAUGGCCCAGUUCAUGCUUUCAGUUCUCCUUCAGAAUCUCCAGACUCCACUGUUGACCGUCAGAAAUCCUCACAUUCUAAUAAUUCUCUUAAAAGUUCAAAGAACUCUUCCUUGCGAACUACAUCAUCCACAGCAACUGCACAAACUGUGCCAAUGGAUAGCUUUCAUGGACUGUCCUUCACAGAACAAAUUCAGCAGCACUCCUUACCCAGAAGCAGAAGUAGACAGUCUAUUGUGUCUCCGUCUUCAACAACAAGAUCAAUAGGACAACAUCCAAGCUCUCCAUCUAGCGAAUAUGAAUGGAAUCAAGUAAAACUCAGUAUCAAAUCGGGCAAAGGAAGUAAAAGUGGAAAAAAUGCCUCAAAUGGCUCCAGCAAGGUUGGGUCAGCGGAAAAAAAAAACAAGAACACUACUCAGUCCCAAAUAUUGGAAUAUGAAAUGACUCAGUUUGAUAAGCGAGUUGCAGUAACGCAGCCAGUAUCAAAUGCUGGUAUGUCUAUGAAACAGAUUCCCACAGAGCCUCUCUGUAAGAUAAUGGUUCCAUCAACUCAGCAAGAGAUAGGCAGAUCACAGCAACAGUUUUUGAUUCAGCAACAGAACAGUGCUGAUAAGAAAAGGAAUGGAAUUAUGACCAAUCCCAACUACCACCUUCAAGGGAAUCAGGUUUUCCUUGGUAGAGUUUCUGUCCCAAGGACCAUGCAAGACAGAGGGCACCAAGAACUUUUGGAAGGCUACCCAAUGGGAGAGACUGAAUUAAGCCUUAAACAGUCCUUAAAACUUCAGAUUGAAGGAACCGAUCCCAGCUUUAACUACAAAAAGGAAACCCCAUUAUAGCUGAUGUUCAGAAUGGUAUCCUUCAUACAAGCUUUGCUGAAAACUAAGAAAAAUAAAGGAAUGUCUUGGUCAUAGAAAAUACUUUUUGUUCCCAAAAAUUAAACGUGGAAGCUUUAAAAACCUUAUACAAGCUCCUGGAGAAGAAUGUGUUUGCUACUCACUGAUUUACACAGACUGAUACUGCAGUGUGCCUAUGUUUGUGAUGGCCUUUUCAGUUUUAACCCUGCACACAUUUUAAUUUUAUUUAAUGUAUCAUGUAUUUAAAAAGCAUAUUAUGCACUUUUCAUAAAAUAGAUCUCUGUCAACAGUAAUACUGUUGGAAUAAAGCCAUGUGGUCAUGGGAUUUGCAAUGCUAAAUGUGUGCUACAUUGUUUAAUCUGUAAUUUCUUUGCUGCAGGUUAUUUGUGUAUCUUAAAAAAAAAAAAAAAAAAAAAAAUCAUCAGAAUGACCAAUACAGCAUAAUGUUAUAUUAUUUACUUAAUACCACGGGAUAUACAUGUAUUGCAGUCCUUGCAUACUGUUGUAUUAUUCAAGCUGGCAUCUUACAAUCUAAUAAUCAUCAGAUCUACUGGUAAUUAUUUUGAAACAGGCCACAGUCAUUUGAUCUAAUCCCAUGCCAUAGUGUGGUAAAAAACAGAAUGGCUACAGACAUUCAUUGGCUAGUAUUGAUGAUAACUUCUUUUUCCGAUUUCUUUGAACACCAUAGUAUUAUUUGAACCUCUGUGGGGUAUCUGAAAACUCAGAGAACAAAUGCAUUUCAUUUGUCCCUGUGGGACAUGUAAGUUGAGGAAGAGCCAAAUUCAUGUACAAAUCAUUUCACCUUAAGGUUCUGUGGAGUGGAAUUUAGCAUAUAAAUGUAAUGUAUAGAUGAAGCUCUACUUGGGAUAUCAUGGCAAAUCAGUUUUUCAUAAUGCAGGGAGUGUCUUCGGGAAUGUUGUGCUAUUUUGGAUAACCUGGAUUUUAUUUGAAACAGUGCUAAAAAAAAAAAAAAAGAGGGUCUAGACAUAUCAACAGCAACCAAUUUCAGCUAAGCCUGAUGCUGAAAACUCUUUCAGGUCUCUGGAAGUCAGUAUUUAAAAAUAAAUAAAAGCACAUUUUAUUUGAUUUUAUUAAUCUCUCCUGAGAUUUCAUUUUAGAACCCCUGAAAUUUGGUUUCAUAGAUGAUUUUUUUUUUUACUGAAAAGCAAAUUAAAGAGCUUUUCACUGUUUCUAGUGGAUAUUUUUUAUUAAUUUGUCCUUUUUCGAUUUGGGGAAAUGACAACAGCAAUUUAAAUAUUUCUUCAUCUGCAAGUGACCCAUGAAUGGUGUGUCCAGAGCUGUUACUUCAAGAAGGAAGAAAAAGUAGGUUAGCAUUCCUACUUCUGUUUUACAGCAAAAAGAAGAUGUGAAUUAAAGCCCAAAGCCCCGGUUUUUGAAUUUCUCUUAUUUUUUCAUCCCUUGAGCCCACUUUUUUUUUUUUUUAAUUUGUCAUUAUUUUUUUUCUAUGCAAAUGUCUGUUCAUUUACACCAUUUUGUUUGUAAAUAGCUUGAAAUGUACAUUAAAUUUGACAUUUCAUUUUUUUCUAUUUGUUGUAUUAUAUGGAACUGAAAAAAACCUUCUGUAUAUUAAAAUGCUUAAUAAAUAUAUUUGCUUUUCUCCAUGCA